AUGGGCGGUCUCCCCUAUGAGAUGCGGGCCCUCGAAGCAAUUUUAAUCUCCGUCAUGGGGGCACUAGAGGCCGAAUUGAAAAUCCUCCAAGAGAAUGUUGGACGGCUACUUGAAGAACUCGAAGAAAAUAUAGAUAGAGACAAGCUCAGGUUUCUGCUUAUUUAUUCGAAAAAACUCUCUACUUUUGAGCAAAAGGCACAGCUAAUAUGCGGUGCGAUCGAAGAAGUUUUGGAGGCGGAUGAGGAUCUCGCUGGGAUGUAUUUGACAGAGAAAUUACAAGGAAUGGAGCGCCCUGCGGAAGAGCAUUCGGAAAUCGAGUUACUUCUAGAGUCGUACUACAAAAUGGCAGACGAAAUCGUCCAAGUGUCAGGAAAUCUUGUCGCCAAUAUUAAAAACACCGAGGAUAUUGUCAAUUUAAUACUCGAUGCCAACCGAAACUCGCUUAUGCUCCUUGAUCUCAAGUUCUCUAUAGGCACUCUAAGCACUGGAUGUGGAGCCGCUCUGGCUGCAUUGUAUGGGAUGAAUCUGAAAAACUUCAUUGAAGAAUCAGACUUAGCUUUCUUCGGUGUUAGCGGACUGGUCGUUGCCCUCAGUGCCGUGAUUUUUGGAUAUGGAUUACAUAGGCUGCGCCGUACUCAGAGGUUAACGAUGUGGGGUGAAGGUAAUGUUGGUGUAGCACCUGGCAGGAAAUGGAGAAGCGUGUCGGAAUCGAGGGGCACAUCCACUACCGAUGAUCGUUCUGGCCGGUACGGAUGA